AUGGGUGCCAUAUCGAUCGGCUGCUGGACCUGUCGUGUACGGCACAAAAAAUGCGACAUAACGACACCAUUCUGCAGGGAAUGCAGUGAUCGAAACGUCCAUUGUCAUGGGUAUGGACCGAAGCCAGCAUGGAUGGAUGGAGCAUUAGAAGAAAAGAAAGAAAGAGCGCGAAUCAAGUUGGCGAUUAGUCAACAUGUCCGACGAGUUCGAAAAAUGCAGAAUCGCGCCAAGAGAACAGCACCGCCUCAGGCAGUCAAGGAAAUGUUACCUUCAAAUUCAGAAGUUAAUAACUUGACUGCCUUUGAUAUGGGAGGUUCGAAUAUUGUGCCAAAUGCUUCAAUGGAAAGUGUAGAUCAGACUUCUAGCCAAGAUGGCAUUUUCGAUCCCCAAGCUGCAUGUCUAUUGAUGCAUUAUCUUGACCAGGUAUUUUCAUGGCAAUUCCCUUAUUUCUGCUCUACAUCCCGACUAGGAAAUCGGGGCUGGCUUUUAUAUCUUCUCAUGAAACAAGGGCCUCUCUAUCAUGCUGUCUUGAGCCUUUCUUCGCUUCACCAGAGUGCGAUUCUUGGGAAUGAAGAGGAAUAUCAACAAAAGGAAAGGGCACUAGAACAUCAUUCCAGGGCACUCCGUGAGUUCUGCAAAUUCAUGGGCGAGGAGCGUGGAAAAUUGCUGGAUGAUAAUGCUCGGUUGGCCGAGUUCCUGGCCUGUAGUUUGAUUUUGAUUAGUUGUGAAGUUUUUAGAGGCGCUGAACACGACUGGCUAUUGCAUCUGGAUGCUGUCAUAUGUGUCAUAUAUUCACUAUCGCCUGAGACUAUAUUCGACGCUCGCUGCACAUCUCAUGAGGGAUCUUCUUUUUUAUCCCACAAUCGUCCAAAGGAGGGUCUUGAGUUCCUUCUCGCUACAAUGGUUUCACUUGAUCUUUUCGCCUGUCUCCCGACGGGACGGGUACCACGACUUCCGUAUCAGCAAUGGCUUCGUACAUAUGAAAUACAAAUACCAGAUCUAUUGAGCUGCGAAAACUGGGUUAUGAUCAUCAUCGGGGAUCUAGCAUGUUUCGAGGAAUGGAAGGAAGUUCAAGAAAAGGACGUCACGCUCAGUAUUAGUGAACUAGCCAGAAGAGGAGAAGAGAUCAAAGAACGUUUAACCAUGGGCAUUGAGAAGCUCGAUCUAAUCAGGGAUGAACAAGACAAUGACGAAGCACAAACUAUCUGGGUCACACGUCUCUUCGCCCUUGCUUGCCUCGUUCUGCUCCACACAAUUGUUUCCGGGCCCCUCCCCGCACUACCAGAGAUUAAGAACGCGACCGAGGAAUUACUCUCUCACUGGAUUGGUAUGGGCACUAUGUGUAUUGGGAUGCAUGGCACAGCCACCGAAUCAGCUACUGUUCGAAAAUCUAAUGGCCAACGUGGUGCGUGA